GUUAUGUAAGGCGGCGAUUAACGGGGCCGGGCCGGGCGGCGGCGCGAUGGGAGCAGCCAGCAGCGGGUCCGGCCCGGGGCCCCCCCAGAGCCGCUCCGUGGGGUCGUGGGUGCGGGCGCUGCUCCGCCGGAGCGGGUCGGUCCAGGGGCCGGUGCCGGUGCCGGGUCUCGCUGUGGCCACCGAGGAGCCGCCGCCGUUCCCGGGGUGGCCGCUGCCGCAGCUCGUCUCGCUCUUCCUGCCGGAGUUCCCCGUGCGUCCCUCCGCCCGGCAGCAGCAGCUCAAGAUCCUGGGCUUGGUGGCCAAAGGCUCCUUCGGUACCAUCCUAAAAGUGUUGGACUGCGGGCGGGAGAAGGUCUGCGCCGUGAAGGUCGUACCCAAAGUUGAG